UCGAGUCAAACCAAGAUGGCGGAUGAGUCUGCAGAAAAAGUUUCAGCCGAAAAACAGUCUUGUACCUUCUUCAAGAAGUCCAAAGGAAGAAGAAAUGUACGGAAAAGGCAAGCAGAGGAUAGUGGUAGUGACGAUGGGGAAGCCUCAGUCGUCGUUCGAAAGGAGAAGAAGAUGGCAGGACCGAAUCCAAUGAUGCAAAAAUCUGAAGGGCUGAAAGAGAAGAGAAGGGAAGAGGAUGUAAAAGUUGAAUUUAAGUCUACACGGUCUGCUAUGAGUUCUGGACCAACAGAUCUUGGAGCAACGGCUACGUAUGAAUUGGACACGGAUUUUGAUCGAGAUGCGCAGGCUGUGUACGCGAAGGCCUUGGAAGUGAAUAAAGAGAUCAAAGAAUCUGGAGACGACAAACUUUAUCGAGGUGUGAAUAACUAUAUGCAGUAUUAUGAGAAGAAAGACACGGUAUUUGGGAAUGCUGCGAGUGGUAUGGUCAGGCAAGGUCCAAUAAGGGCACCCAAGAACCUAAGAGCAACAGUACGGUGGGACUAUCAACCUGACAUCUGCAAAGAUUACAAAGAAACAGGUUUCUGUGGUUUUGGUGACAGCUGUAAAUUUCUGCACGACCGCAGUGACUACAAGCAUGGAUGGCAGCUGGACCGAGAGUGGGAAGAGGGAAACUUUGAUAAAGAAGACCCCCAUAAGUAUGAAAUACACAGCGAUGAAGAGGAAGACGAUGUGCCCUUUGCUUGUAUCAUGUGUAGGAAUACCUUCGUUAAUCCUGUCGUAACAAAGUGUAAUCAUUAUUUUUGUGAAAAAUGUGCACUCCAGAGGUACAAGAAGAACUCCAAAUGCUUCGUGUGUAAUACUCAGACAUAUGGUGUGUUUAAUCCUGCAAAAGAGAUUAUUAAGAAAAUGAAAGAAAGAGAAGCAGCUUUGGGAAGUGAAGAGCCAAAUAAUGAGCAAGAGCCACCAGAGGAAAACUGAAAUAAAUGGGGGAAAAAAAUGAAAUACUGAGACAAAUGGCUGGCAGCCAUUAACUGUAUGGACUAAAUCCACUUGGGCGUAAUGUUUUGCCCAUUUCAGACCACCUGUUAUUGUCUUGAGAAUAAGAUUCUUUGUUUGAGUUGUGUCUAUGUUCAUGUGUCUUUUCAUGUGCAACUGUUAAACAAAGAAAUAAUACUCUAGGGAAUGACACAUGGUCUGAAAUGAAACAUUGGAUUAGGUCUAUUCUGUUCUUGCAUGUGUAUUAAAACUUUCCGUGACAAGCACUAUCACGAUCAUAGCUAACGUUAGUUUGCCUAUGUACAGCUGCUUCCCUCCCCCCCCCCCCCCAGGGAAAAAGCAGGGGGAAACAUUUCCCCCGAUAGGGGUGAGGGGUGGGAAGCGGCUGCACACAGGCUAAUGCUUGUAUGUAUAUAAAUGACAAUGUAUGUAUAGGAAAUAAAGGCAAAA